UUUUAGUGAUGACAUUCUGUGGACACGUGUGAUUCUGUAGCAGCUGACAAAGUCACUGCCUUUUGUUUUCACUUCCUACGAGCCUCUCGGUCUGGUGUUUACAGAACUGUUGGUGCUGUCUGAUUAGGAUAAAAGGCCUGUCUCCAAGAGGCCAGUUAGACAUUUUCUCUGCUUCUGUGCUGGGUGGUGUAUCCCUGUUGCAACUUGUAAUAAACUGGAUAGAUUUUUGAUUUACUUUAGCAACGACUUAUCUCAUUUUGUGAAAUUCCUAUUACAGUGUGUUUGUGCGCUACAUUUAAUUUGAAUAGUUUUGUGUAAUGCCAACCCCAUACCUGUUUGGUAAGUUCUGUUGUCUAUAAAAAGACCUGAAAAUCAAAACCAAGUUACUGUCAGCUUGGACGUAAGCUCCAGACACUCCUCAUACGCCUGUGCAAUAGGUAAGAUAUUCAUAUUAUUGAACAACAUUUCUCAGUUGAAACCUGUACUAUUAUUAUGUUCACUUGAUGCAGCAUUUGAAUAAUCUGGGUAGCGUAUAUGCCUAUCGGUGUCAACAUUCAAUAAUGUUAAAACCUUAAUUUUGCCCUGGCCAUUUGGCCAAAGAAGAAGCAGAAUGACACCCAAAUAAAUUGUUUGAAGUUAUGAAUAAAUUAACAUGAUCUAUGCUAACUCUAAAAUACAGUAUACUGGUACGGGAUUUUGUUUUAGAAUUUAAAAACACUCUAGUCUAAUAGACCUAUGUCAUUAUCAGGAAAAGGAAUGCUUUGAGGAAAUGGGACACACGUAACCAAAUAAGAUUGGCCUGUUUCAGUAGGCAUAUAGUGCUAUUUGUUAGGCAAUUGUAUUGAAAUAGCACAGAAAAUGGCACAAGGCAGGUGUUUUUUCGACUGGGUCCCUUUUUUAUGACACUUCACUUUUAUAUGGUAUUACAUUGUUAUGUGCCCAUUCACUGUGCCAUUUAGGAUUUAAAUAUUCUAGCACAUAUAUCAUUGUAAUUAAACCAGCCAAACCUGUUCUGACACAAAGCCUGCAAUGCCUUCAUUCAUUGCUCCAUUGUCAGAUCCAUAAUCAGGAUCCUUGGCAUGCAGAAAUUGUCUGAUGAGAUUGUCUAAGCACGAAGGGUGUGUGAGAGAAUUCAGAGACAGAUAGUCUAACAGAGUAUGAUCUGCACCACCCUAUCAUGAAGAAAGUUUACUCUUAUUGUGACAGACUGGUAAAAUAAAUGUAAACUGGCCAGUGCACCUGAGAUUUGGUGCGAGGUUCCGAGAUUAUGAAGAAGUUGGCUUCUGCAGAGGGCAUUGUAGUUGAGAUUGGUAAGGAUUUUGAUGCGAUUUUCUUUUGCAUCCUUCUCCUCUGUCUCCUCUGUCUCUCCCCCCCCCCCCCCCCUUCUUUCUCUCUCUCUCUCAGAACUGAUGAACAACAUGUAUCGCUGGUCUCUCUUUGCCUUGCUCUUUGUCACCUGCAUGGAAGUGUCCAUACAGAAGAAAACAAAGCAAGGCCCUCAAACUCUCUCAAGAGGUAAGCCUGAUGUAUCAAUGUAUCCUAGCCACAUACCUAACCUCCAUUGGACUUUACUACUAAAACUAUUCUUCAUCCCCAUUACAUUAACACCAAAUUAAUUGAAUCUGCUCCAAUCUGCUCAUUUGUAGCUCAGUUAGUAGAGCAUGGUGCUUGGUUAGUGGGUUCCAUUCCCGCGACCACCCAUACAUAAAAUGUAUGCGCACAUGACUGUAAGAUAAAAGCGUCUGCUAAAUGGCUUGUAUAUUCUAUUAUAUUAAUCCUUAAUUUUGCCUCAGGAUGGGGGGAUGACAUUACCUGGGCCCAGACCUAUGAGGAAGCCCUGACGACAAUGACAGAAAGGUAAGACAAGACAAGAUAUUAGACAAAAUACACAACAAGAUUGUGCAAUUGUGUUGUUUGGUUAGUGGCGUACGUUGAAAAUUAAAGCAGUCUUUCAAAUGUCUGAGAGUGAACUAUUUUAUUAAAGCUACACUAUAUAUACAAAGGUAUGUGGACACACCUUCAAAUUAGUGUAUUCGGCUAUUUCAGCCACACCCGUUGCUGACAGGUAUAAACAAUUGAGCACACAGCCAUGCGAUCUCCAUAGACAAACAUUGGCAGUAAAAUGGCCUUACUGAAGAGCUCAGUGACUUUCAAUGUGGCACCGUCAUAGGAUGCCAUCUUUCCAGCAAGUCAGUUUGUCAAAUUUCUGCAUUUCUAGAGCUGCCCUGAGUAAGUGCUGUUAUUGUGAAGUGGAAACGUAUAGGAGAAACAACGGCUCAGUCGUGAAGUGGUAGGCCACACAAGCUCACGGAACGGGACCGCCGAGUGCUGAAGAGCGCAUAAAAAUGGUCUGUCCUCGGUUGCAAUACUCACUACCGAGUUCCAAACGGCCUUUGGAAGCAACGUCAGCACAAUAACUGUUUGUCGGGAGCUUCAUGAAAUGGGUUUCCAUGGCCGAGCAGCCGCACACAAGCCUAAGAUCACCGUGCGCAAUGCCAAGCAUCGGCUGGAGUGGUGGAAAUCUCGCUGCCAUUGGGCUCUGGAGCAGUGGAAACGCUUUCUCUGGAGUGAUGAUCGCGUCACCAUCUGGCAGUCCGACGGACGAAUCUGGGUUUGGCGGAUGCCAGGAGAACGCUACCUGCCUGAAUGCAUAGUGCCAACUCUAAAGUUUGGUGGAGGAGGAAUAAUGGUCUGGGGAUGUUUUUCAUGGUUCGGGCUAGGCCCCUUAGUUCUAGUGAAAGGAAAUCUUAACGCUACAGCAUACAAUGACAUUCUAGACGAUUCUGUGCUUCCAACUUUGUGGCAACAGUUUGGGGAAGGCCCUUUCCUGUUUCAGCAUGACAAUGGCCCUGUGCACAAAGUGAGGUCAAUACAGAAAUGGUUUGUCGAGAUUGGUGUGGAAAUCGAACACCUUUGGAUUAAUUGGAACGUUGACUGCGAGCCAGGCCUAAUCGCCCAACAUCAGUGCCCGACCUCACUAAUGCUCUUGUGGCUGAAUGGAAGCAAGUCCCCACAGCAAUGUUCCAACAUCUAGUGGAAAGCCUUCCCAGAAGAGUGGAGGCUGUUAUAGCAGCAAAGGGGGGACCAACUCCAUAUUAUGGCCAUGAUUUUGGAAUGAGAUGUUCGAUAAGUAGGUGUCCACAUACUUUUGGUCAUGUAGUGUAUCUGCUUAUGUCACAGCCCUAUCCUCACAAUUAUUAAAUCACUGUGCCCCAUUAAUUCAAUGUCCCCAAUGAAACAAAUCAAAUUGUAACUGAAAUCCUCAUAUUUAUUCAGUGGCUAAAUCCCAAAUUGCACCCUAUUCCCUACAUAGUGCACUACUUUUGACCAGGGCCCUAUUACAAGUAGUGCACUGAAUAGGGAAUAGGAUGCCAUUUGGUACUGACACAACCUAUGUGUUCUCAUAUAUCUUUAAUGACACUCAGGCCUUGGGUUUGGUAUAUUCCCAGAGACAUUCUGUGCUUCUCUGUAAGCACAUCCACCCACUACCUAUUCAGCAGUGGAAUAUGUUCAUAUUUUGUCUGUGUCCUCGUGUUCCCACAGUAAGAAGCCUCUGAUGGUCAUUCAUCACAUGGAGGAUUGUCCUCAUAGUCAAGGUAAUACUGCUGUACUUUCAUUCUCACACAUACUUCAUCUAACCACAGGGCCCCAACCAAGGUCUUUGUUGCCUUACAAUUCAAGUCAUUCUGGUCUCUUUGUAUCAACAUUUAAUUAUAUUCUAGACAUUAUCAUUUGUAAGGUCUUGUAUGACAAAGGAAUACAUUUACAAAUUCCACUUUCUGAGGAUAAAGUGUGUUGAAGUUGAAGGUGAGGUUCUCACUAACUGUCAUUCUGUCACACCUCUUUUCACAGCUCUGAAGAAGGCAUUUGCUGCUGAUAAAGCCAUACAGGAACUGGCCCAAGAGGAUUUUGUCAUGCUCAAUGUGAUGGUAAUUAUCAUUUUAAUGCUUUUUCAACAUGUACUCAUUGGAAGCAAUGCAAUAGUAUGGUUAACUAUAUUCCAAUCACAGAUCAAACAUUGAAUCAUGCACUUCAUUAUUUCCUUACCUUUAGAUAAAUGUUGGAUAUUAAAUGUCAAAGGUGAGAUGAUAGAUGUUGAUUAUUAUACAUUUAUAUUUUGAUGUAAUUUUGAUAUAUUUCUCAGCAUGAGACUACAGACACCAAUCUGGCUCCAGAUGGCCACUACGUUCCAAGAAUCAUAUUUGUUGGUGGGUCUCUCUUCUUCUACCAUGUCAUCUGAGGACAUCUCUCACUUAGGAAAUAAAUCACCAUUCAUUCUGAAUCCCCAGUAUAUCACUCUGUCUAAUGCUUGCCGUGAGAUAUUUGAUGUAACUGUAUUCAGUGCCUCAUACAACUUUAAUAGUAGCCAUUAGCCUAAUAUUAAUCAGACAACUCACAUUUUUGAUUAAGGGAUCAAUGUAAUCUAUGGGUGGCCAUAGUGUUAGAAAUUGAAUAGUAUGAAUAAAGCAUUACAAUCUAGGUAUUUAUGCACCCAUAAUGAUGUGUUCUGGUUGGAAGGAACAUGUGGCUGCAGAUAUUCUCUAACACCCAACCCUGUCUGGAAUGUAGAACUUCUGCUUUGAAGCUUUGGCAAAGUCCUCCUCCAUAAUUGAUAACUGUCUCUGCAACCCCCGCCCCCUUACCCCCCACCCCCUCGCUCACACACACACACACACACACACACACACACACACACACACACACACACACACACACACACACACACACACACACACACACACACACACACACACAAACACACAAACACACAAACACACAAACACACACACACAAACACACACCUUUUUUCCACAGAUCCAUCCAUGACUGUGCGUGCCGACCUUGUUGGGAAGUACGGUAACCGCAUGUACACCUACGAGCCGAGUGACGUCCCGUACUGUGAGUGUACCUCUUCUUCUCUUCUUCCCUAAUGAGGUCCUAUGAGAUUCAGGCUGUUGCUUAACACACAUACACAUCCUCAAACUUUUUUUCCAAUAACACAGACUGCACUUACUUAUUAAUUCGGUUCUACUCUUUCUUCCUUCACCUCAUCCACUAACUAGUUGGGACAAGAGAGAGUUGGGAGAUGCAACUGCAAAAUAAUUAGAAUGCUUCAGGGAUAGUUCUUAGCUGGAGAGAAGGUGGGCAGGUGAGGGGGUGGGUGAAUACUUUAUGAAAGUUUUACUGGAAGAGUGUCUCAAAGUUUCUGACAAAAUUGCUGAAGAAGUAGGAAAGAGCGUGAUAAGGGCAAAUCCAGGCGUCAGUUGCUCAAAUUAAAAUCUGAAAAGGGAAAGCAUGAUAAUUAUUAGUCAAGAAAUUAAGCGAAUGAUUACUGUAAUUGCUGGAAGUCUAAAAUAAUUAAUUGCUUAGUCUAUCUAGACUACUAACAGAAUUUGUAAAGCAAGGUUGGGGUCAGGGCCAUUUCAAUUCAGUCAAUUCUUUAAUUGGAUUCCCAAUUCUCUUCCUGACUUGAAAUGGAAUUGACCCCUUCCCUGGUGAAUAGAUUCUUACUCUAGCUUCUUGUCUAUUGUGCCCCUUUCUCCACAGUGGCCGAGAACAUGAAGAAAGCCAAGCGUCUACUGCAUACUGAACUUUAACCUCACAGCCUUUUCAACACUGUACCAUAAUCUACUGGGCCCCUCCCUGUUCUGGGAUCAACAUCAAAUACCAGAGGGGUUCACUGAGUCUUGGAUACUCACAUGUUUACACAGAAUGUAUACAAUAGAUGAUCAAUAAAGAUGCAUGACAGUGUGCACUGAA